GUUUUGAUUUACAGGUUGACUGAUCUGUUUAAGGUACUCCAUUUUUUUUUCUUACAAGAGUUUACAUCUGUUGAUUUGAAUUCAUUGCCUUGUAAUAACUUUUUCAAGCCUGUUAUCAACAAGUAAGGAUGGCUGACCGUCCUGAUCCCAGCUCAUUUUCCAGACCUGAUGUAGUGCGGGUCACCAAGCUGCACCUGGAUUGGCUGGUCGACUUUGACAGAAAAGUUAUUUCUGGGACAGCAACGCUGACCAUACAGCGGGUCCAGCCUGACGCCAGGCAACUGGUGCUUGACUCUCGUGACCUAACACUGCUGAAGGUGGAGGAGGGGAGGAAGGAGGGGCGGCUGCUGGAGUUCAGUGUGGGGGAGAAGCAUCCUAUCUAUGGCUCCCCCAUCACUGUCAGCCUGCUCGAGCCCCCAGAGGCAGAGGGGGAGGACGUGGUUCGUGUGACGUACGAGACGUCGCCCUCGAGCACGGCACUGCAGUGGCUGGCGGCGGGGCAGACGGCGGACGGAGCGUCGCCGCUGCUCUUCUCGCAGUGCCAGGCCAUCCACGGGCGCUCCCUGGCGCCCCUGCAGGACGCGCCCGCCGUCAAGGGCCCCUACAGCGCAACCGUCCUCGUCCCACGGGGCCUUGUCGCCCUCAUGAGCGCCCUUAGGGGCGCCGCCACAGACCACGCCCAGGGGACAAGCUACCAGUUCAGCCAGCCGGUGCCUGUGCCGGCUUACCUGCUGGCGGUGGUCGUGGGGCGCCUGGACUCUGCAACUCUGGGCCCCCGGGUCACCGUCUGGGCCGAGCCCAGCGUCCUGCCCAGAGCUGCUACAGAGUUCCAGGAGACGGAGGUGGCCCUGGAGGCCGCUGAGCGGCUGUGUGGUCCCUACGUGUGGGGGCACUAUGGCCUUGUGGUCCUCCCCCCUUCCUUCCCCUACGGCGGCAUGGAGAACCCCUGCCUCACCUUCGUCACCCCCACCCUGCUGGCAGGCGACAAGUCUGCGGUAGACGUGGUCAUUCACGAGAUCAGCCACAGCUGGACUGGCAACUUGGUCACCAACAGGACGUGGGGGGACUUCUGGCUGAACGAGGGCAUGACGAUGCUGGUGCAGCGCAAGAUUGAGGGCGCCUUGCACGGCCUGCCUACACGACACUUCUCUGCCAUACUCGGCUGGAAGUCCUUAGUGGACUGUCUUAACAAACUUCCCCUCCCUAACCUNUUGGCGCAAGCGUGUGGGGAGCUGGCGAAGAAGUGGGAGUCGUGGGAGGGUGAGGAUGAAGGCCCAGACUUCCCCUUCUCCCCCAAGGAUCUGGACGCGUUCUCAUCCCAGCAGAUCGUCGAAUUCCUGGCGCAGUUGCCGCCGCUGCCUGCACGCAAACUGAGUGCCAUGGAGCGCCACUACGGCAUGUUCGCACGCACCAACUGUGAGAUACGGUCGCAGUGGCUGCGGCUGGCGCUGAAGGCGCGUUGGGAGGAGGCCGUGGGACCUGCGCUGGACUUCGUCACGCAGCAGGGACGGAUGAAGUACACGCGCCCUAUAUACAGGGAGCUGUACGCGUGGGGGCCGCCAGUGCGGGAACGCGCGGUCGCCCACUUCCUGGAGCACGAGGCGUCCAUGAUGCAUGUCUCCGCCCACUCCCUGCGGGGGGACCUGCAUCUCCCGUCGCCCUCCCACUCAUAGUCUCUGUCCAGUUGCAGAAUCUGUCUUAACGGGGCUAGUUAAAUCGUUGUCGCUUCGUACUUUUCUGUUCCUUUAGACGUCUCCUUCCAAUGUAACGGGACUUGUUACAUCGUUGUCGCUUCGUACUUUUAUAUUUCCUGGGACGUAUCCUACCUCGCAUGUUUGCCAAGUUUCAAAUCUCCGAUACGCCAACAGCCUUAUUUUACUGAAUACUAAUUCCCAGGAAUGCUAUAGAAUAAUGUUUCUACAUAGAUUUUGCCCGAAAAUAUUCUUUGGGCGUUUUUUGUUGAAUUACAUCCUCCGUUAUCGAUAUUUGGCCUGGAUAUGAAAUGAUGGUUUAUCAUAAAAAUAUUCCAAAGAGGUUAAUGAUCCUAAUAAUAUAUUAUCUUAAGUACAAAGGUAAUUCUAAAUGAUGAACAUAAUUCAAUAAAUUCGUAUUUAUCCAAGUAUGAAUUCAAAAUGAUUAAUUUGUACACCAAAGGAAAGAGAAAGAUUGAAAGUUUUUCAUACUUAUUUAUGAAUGUUCAAUUUGUCCCCCUUGUG